AUGUUUCAGUUUCUCUCCUUCUCCACCACUAGAGCUCGAAGGCAGCGCCAACUCGAGGUGGCCAACAUUACCGCGGCGCACGACACGGUCUCCCAGGGCACAGGUUCUGCGAGACGUUUUGAGGUCCUUCUGGGGAUACCAUCUCCCUACGACGGGGUCAGCACUGAUGACGAGGAGUCACCGGCCGUCAUCGCCAAGAGGAGGGCUGAUACU